UCUGUGUAGCAAUUGACAAACACAACACACACUGCUUGAAAAUAAAAAUUGAAGUUUUCUCUUUCAUUUCCCCCUUCUCUCUCUCUGUUCUAUCCUUCACGCAUAUAUUCCUUCAAAUUCGUUUGCUUUCUUUCUUUUUCUCUCACUCAAUCAUCAACAACGCACACACACUCUGUUCUUCUUAUCUUUGCUUUCACACAUUCUCUGUACCACUAUCUGUUUCUUUGAUCUCUCUUCCAAGUUUCCUGGGUCUCUUUUUUCUUUUCAUCUCAUCAUCAGUCUUACGCACUGUGAUUGUAUUCUUAUGUUGAAUUAGUGUUUGGUUGCUGAGACAAAAAAAAAAAUUGAAAAAAUUAAAAUCAGAGUGGUCCAGUGCAUCGCUUUCUGAUCCUCUGUUUUCCGAGAACAUUUACUUCUGAGUUUUGAGUCUUAUACAAGUCGACCCAGUUCUGAAUUUUUCAGUUCUUAGAACUAAAAACUUGAAAAGAUAAUAUUUUUGAAUUUGGGUGCUUCUUGCUGCUGCUUUUUUUUUUUUUCUCCUGUGAGCAAACGGGGUUUGAGAACAUGCUUGGAACUGCGCUUCAGUUUGGGGGUGUUGGUGGCGAUGAUCGGUUUUACAUUCCAGUGAAGGCAAGGAAGAACCUGAAUCAUCGGAAACAAGCUCAGAGAACCAAAGGUGGUGAUGGUGGUGAAGUUGAGAGUGGAGAUUCAGCUUCAAAAGCCAAACUUGUUGCUUUUGAGAAUAGCAAAUUCAGUGAAGAAUCUUUAUACCCUUUGAACAUGCCACCACCUUCUUCCUCUUCUUCCUCUUCUUCUUCUGUUGAUCAUGGUAGUAAUAUUGAUAGGUUUAUUGAGUCAACAACACCUUUAGUACGAGCUCAGUAUUUCUCUAAGACAACAAUGAGAGGCUGGAAGACUUGUGAUGUUGAGUAUCAAUCAUACUUCGCCUUGAACGAUCUCUGGGAAUCGUUUAAGGAGUGGAGCGCAUAUGGUGCAGGAGUACCCUUGGUGCUUGAUCAAAGAGAUUCUGUUAUACAAUAUUAUGUUCCUUAUUUGUCAGCUAUUCAGCUGUAUGGUCGAUCAGCUAAGAAAUCAAGUCCCAAGUCAAGGUACAGUGGUGAAGAUAGUGAUGGUGAUUACUACAAAGAUUCAAGUAGCGAUGGAAGCAGUGAUUCUGAUUUCGGAAAAAGGACUGAACCUUUCCCGGCACAAAGAAGUAGUCAACAUAGGGGAGGCAAUGUUUCUAUUCAAAUGAGUGGCUUAUCUGUCAAUGAUAAACUCAAUGCAAUGCAAGAGGGAUUUUCGAGUGAUGACAGCGAAGGUGGAAACACUCAGGACCUCCUCUUCGAGUAUUUCGAUCAAGAUCCACCAUAUAGUCGCGAACCGUUGGCUGACAAGAUACUAGAUCUUGCACGCCACUAUCCUAGCCUAAAGUCAAUGAGAAGUUGUGAUAUACUGCCAGCAAGUUGGAUGGCUGUGGCAUGGUAUCCAAUAUAUCGGAUACCAACAGGACCAACAUUGAAAGAUUUAGACGCCUGCUUUCUUACAUACCAUUCACUCCAUACUCCCUUGACAGGAAACGGAGGUACUCAAGCUCCAAUAUUGGUUUACCCCAAUGAGAUGGAGGAUGGUGUACCGAAGAUUUCUUUACCGACAUUUGCAAUGGCAUCCUAUAAGCUAAAGGGAUCCAUUUGGAUGCAGAAUAGGGAUAGCGAGAGUCAAAUAGCAAAUUCUCUCUUGCAGGCUGCAGGUAAUUGGCUAAGGCUGCUUCAGGUGAAUCACCCUGAUUAUCAGUUCUUUGUAUCGCAUGGUACAUACCGCAGGUGAACCGAGCAAGACGACAUGUUCAUUCUGUUCUCAUGAGCUGAUGGCUAAGGCUUAAAAGUUGCACAAAAUUUUCUGUUCAUUGCUUGGUGCAAAUCUGGUAUAGUCCAUGCAUCUAUAUUGUGGAUUCUUGUUUGUCACAUGCAUAAAGCAGCACAAAAGAUGAGAUAAUCUCCCAGAAAGAAUGAAGUAGAGAUUUCUAGAGUGAAAGCAUAAAAGGACAGAAGAAAAAAGGGUUCAUUUUGUUUUGGGAAGAAAACAGCAAAAGAAAUUGUCACAUAACUGGAAGGCCCUAAUGGAAAAGGAGAUAAUGUUAGAAUAUACUGCAAGCCUUUUUGGGUUCAAUAAUGGCUGAAUUUCUAAACUUUAUUAUGCACUUAUAGCUGUAAAUCUGAAGAGAAUGGGUAAAACAUGUAGCUUUGUAUGUAUAUUGAGCUAAGGUUUUGGCUCUAUGAUAAUGAACAUCUUGUUACUAUGAUGAGGCAAAAUAGAAAAUUAGUUGGUAUUAUUACAUUA